GUACUGUCCCGAUUGUAAAACAGACAGUGACGCCAUUGUAAAAGCAGGUGAGAAGUUAAAGGAAAGCAAAAGGAAAGCCAAGAUGGCAUCAUCGACCAACUCAACAAGUCGUGACUGGGGCAGGGGAAUGGCUUGUGUGGGCCGACAGAAUGUAUGCACAGUUGUUCCAGCACAACAUUUUGGGUCUAUUCCUGGUGUAGAGGUCGGCACUUCGUGGAAGUUCAGAGUUCAGGUGAGUGAGGCUGGAGUACACAGACCACACGUGGCCGGUAUCCAUGGACGCGAGGAUGUUGGGGCAUUUUCUAUAGUUUUGUCAGGAGGCUAUGAAGAUGACAAGGACGACGGAGAUCAAUUUACUUACACAGGAAGUGGAGGUCGUGACCUGUCAGGAAAUAAACGUACAGCAGAACAGUCAUGUGACCAGGUUCUGACACGUAUGAAUAAAGCUCUGGCCAAGAACUGCAAUGCCGUUAUGGACAACAAGAAGGGUGCCUGUUCGGAAGAAUGGAAGAAAGGGAAACCUGUACGUGUAGUUCGUAACUGUAAGGGAAGGAAACACUCCAAGUAUGCCCCAGAAGAAGGCAAUCGCUACGAUGGCAUUUAUAGGAUUACCAAAUACUGGCCAGAGAAAGGAAAGUCUGGUUUCUUGGUCUGGAGAUACUUGUUGAAGAGAGAUGACCCCACGCCAGCUCCCUGGACCAAAGCAGGCAAGAAACGUAUUGAAGAACUUGGCCUGGAAAUGCAGUAUCCUGCGGGCUACCUUGAAGCCAUGGCAAAGAAAGCUGAGGAGGUGGAGUCAUCGGGUGCCACAUUUGCUAAAAAAGGAAAAGGAAAGAGGAAACGGACCGACUGGAAUUCUUCACCAGGUGAAACUUCAGAGAAGAAACAGAAGGUGGUAAAAUACAGUGUAGAUCCUGCCCAGUUAAAGCUCAUCAAAGAGGACGAAAUUAACAAGAAACUGUGGGAAGAUGCCAUGUUACUCACAAAGGAGGAUGGACAG